CAGAGCCGCGUCCCCGCGGUGCUGCAGAGCAGUUGGGCACCCGGUGCCUCCAAAAACCACCACCACACAAUGGGAUUCCCAUUGGAUUGGAAGGAUUUGUGGCUUGAUACAUCUAUCAAUAUCUUCUUGUCCCUCCAAUAAUCUAAAGGAAGAGAUUGCCUGGCACCAACUUCGGAAACAUCCCUCUUCCUAUUUUAAAGGAAAAAGGAGCGCAAGUGGGAAGAGUUCUUCUCUUGGUUUCGCUCUCCGCAUGCAAGUUACAAUGCCAGGCAGGGAGGAGGGCCUCUCUAUCGAUCAUCUUCUCCUGGCACUCUGCUGCCUCACUCAGAAAACAAGAGGAGAGGACACGAGACACCUCAUCCCAAAGUGUUUUUAACGGCCCUUGAACCAUUGGAUUGAGGAUUCGUAACACCAACAUUUACUGCAAGAAAGCACACAGAUGCCAGAUGAUUGUGUUUUGUGCUUAGCUGGAAAGAAAAGAUGAGCACCUUUCCCAUUUCAAACGCCAGCAACAUUUCGCAGGUCGACUACCUUGAGGACGAUGACAACUGGACAGCAGUCACCCAAUUCACCCAGCCUGGAUGGCAGAUCGCCCUGUGGGCCAUCACCUAUUCCUUCAUCGUUAUCGCCUCCAUCAUCGGCAAUGUCACCGUCAUCUGGAUUAUCCUGGCGCACAGAAGGAUGAGGACUGCCACCAACUACUUCAUUGUUAAUUUGGCCCUUUCGGAUUUGCUGAUGUCUGCUUUCAAUACCAUCUUCAAUUUUAUCUACGCCAGCCACAACGUCUGGUAUUUUGGUGAGGAAUUCUGCAGGUUUCAGAACUGGUUCCCCAUCACCGCAAUGUUUGUGAGCAUUUACUCCAUGACGGCAGUGGCGGCAGAGAGGUAUGUGGCAAUAAUUCAUCCCUUCAAGCCCAGGCUUUCUGCUGGAAACACCAGGGUCAUCAUUGGGAUAAUCUGGCUGGUGGCCUUUGGGCUCGCCUUCCCACAGUGCUUCUACGCUGAGAUCAUGAUGGACAAUGGGACAACAAAGUGCAUCGUCGUCUGGCCAGAUGACAUUGGGUCAAAGCACCAGCUCACGUAUCACAUUGCCGUGAUCGUGUUGAUUUAUUUACUGCCUUUAAUGGUGAUGUUUGUUACAUACAGCAUUAUAGGAAUUACGCUGUGGAGCAGUGCGGUUCCAGGCAACCACGUUAAUCGAGUCCGAUACAAACAUCAAGUUAACGCCAAAAAAAAGUUUGUGAAGACCAUGGUGGUGGUUGUGAUCAUUUUUGCUGUCUGCUGGUUGCCCUAUCACAUAUACUUCAUCCUGGGGAGUUUUAAGGAAGACAUCUACCAGCAGAAGUACAUUCAGCAGGUUUAUCUAACCAUCUUUCUGCUUGCCAUGAGCUCAACAAUGUACAACCCUAUCAUCUACUGUUGUCUCAACCAAAGGUUUCGUUCUGGUUUCAAAUUAGCCUUCCGGUGGUGUCCAUGCAUAAAAGCAACUGAGAAAGACAAGCUUAAGCUCACGGCCCCAUCUCUCUGUCAGUCAACCCGCAGAAAGGCAAGAAGAUCAAGUUCCAACACUGAAACUCAAUUCAAUGAGAAAGAGAAGACAUCACUUACCCUCACCCAGCAAACCCUUUGAUUUCUUCUGAAAAGCCUUUCUGGAAUUAUGCUGAAUUCUGGGGUUUUCAGCCCUGCCACUUCCACUCUCACCAAUUAGAAGUGAGAAACAGUUCCCUAAAGAGUUAUCUUUGCAUGGAUUUCUGUAAGCUUGUACCAAAAUAUGAUGUAAUUUUCCUGUUAAACUGUGCUCAGGUGACUCCUCCACCUUCACCUCCUUCAUUGUGGCACCCAGUUGGGGACUCUCCUCUGAAGAGUCACAGACAGGGUUGGUUGAGCCUGUGAUCUCCUAUCCUUAAGGAAGGUGCUCAGCAAUACCUGCUGAGGGCAGCUCCUUAGCCCCCACAUUAAGCAGCACAUGGUGUGAUACAUAGGUGUGCAAUAGCCUUGGCAUUUCUGAGCUUUGUACUCUGAGGCUGCCUGUACCACAACCUCAGCAGCCCUGUCAGGUCCCCAUCACAGAAGCCCCUUUGUUUUCCCCUUCUAGACUUACCCAUUUCUGUCAUCACUGUUCUUCCCUCGUCAGAUACUAAAAUAAAGGCUGAAAUGUGUCAUCUUCAAAGCCUGAGAUA